AUGGCAGAAUCAGAAGAAAUUCAGCGUCAUUUGAGAGAAAAAACAGGGUGGUAUAUAUUAAAAGCACCCACAAAUUUAAAAUCAGAAAUCUGGCAGAAAUUUCACAUGGUUUUUCAAAAAAAGGAAAAUGAUGAAAGCGAAAUUCCCGUGAAUUACUAUUGUGCUUGUAUUAAGUGCAAUAAGGUAUAUCAGUUUAAAGAUUCAUCAGGUAAAAACUUUGGCACUAAAAAUCAGCAAGAACAUAUUAAACAUUGUGCUGUAGUCUUGCCAAAGUCACAGUUGAAAAUCCAGCAAUGCUUGAAACGAAAAAUUCAACCAUCUCCUCAAGAAUGA